CACACAUCUAAUAACUAAACCACAGACUGGGUCAGCUAUCAGCAUGUCGACAACCACAACAGCCGUCGAGCUGCAAGAAAGCCACGCAGCGCACAGAUCUGUCAGGCCGUCUGACGUGGUGCAGGCGUCUCUCCAAGCCGACGCAGAAGCUCCCGACGGAGGUCACGCCUGGGUUGUCGUUUCCGGCUGUGCCAUUCUCACCUGGUGGUUCAUCGGCACGUCGUAUUGCUGGGGUAUUUUGCAAGCCGCGCUGGUCAAGGAGGGCGUGUCCUCGCCUUCGACGCUGGCUUUUGUCGGGUCUCUUGCGCCAGCGUGUAUCUCGUUUCUGGGAAUCGUCAAUGCCAGAGUUAUUCGCAAGCUGGGAACGAGGACGUCUGCGUUGAUUGGGGUGUUCAUAUUAGGACUGGGAGAGGUGUUGAGUGGGUUUGCGGUGCAUAGUAUUGGGGGAUUGUUUGUGACUGCGGGGGUUGUGUUUGGGGUUGGCAUUAGUCUCUGUUUUAUGGUCGUGUCGGUUGUUCCAGCGCAGUAUUUCAAGGCAAAGAGAGGGAUUGCCAAUGGGAUUGUGUAUGCUGCGGGUGGGCUCGGCGGUGCGGUCAUCAGCUUCAUCCUGAAUGCCCUCCUGCAACAUGUGGGAACCGCCUGGACAUUCCGCAUUCUCGGCUUCAUGACAUGGGCCACUGGCUUACCGGCUGCAUACCUCAUCAAACAACGCACCUCCAUCCCGCCCACAGCCCUCAUUGACUGGCAACUCCUCCGCGACCCCCGCUUCCUCCUCCUCUUCGCAACCGGCGCCAUCGCCACCUUCCCGCUGCUCGUCCCGCCCUUCUUCCUCCCCCUAUACACAGACUCGAUGAACAUGGCCUCCAGCGCAGGCGCAGGCCUCGUCGCCGCAUUCAACUUUUCCUCCGCGCUCGGCCGUCUCCUCUGUGGUUUCUGCAGCGACUUUAUCGGUCCUCUCAACACGCUCGUUCUCUCCCUCCUUCUCAGUGCGUUGAGCAUGCUCAUCCUCUGGCCUGUUUCCACAUCCAUCGCUCCGCUGGUUAUUUUUGUCAUCAUCAAUGGAAUGAGCAACGGCGGCUUCUUCUCGACUAUGCCCACAGUCGUGGGGAACGUCUUUGGCUCGGCCAGAGUGUCUGUUGCGAUGGCGAUGGUGGUGACUGGUUGGGCCGGGGGGUAUCUUCUGGGUGCUCCAAUUGCUGGGUAUAUCCUCGACGCGUCUGGAGGGGAAGAUAGUGGAAUUGAGGCAUAUCGGCCGGCGAUUUUCUACGCAGGAGGAAUGGCGCUGGGAGCGGCUGUUGUUGCGCUCGUUAUAAGGUUGAAGACGGAUAUGUCGCCGGUUAAGAGGCUGUAA